AUGCGCGCCUCAACCGUCAUCCUCAACUCCCUGCUCCUGGCCACUGGUCUUGCAGCCCCCGCCGUUGUCAAGAGGGACCUGGCGUCCAUCCAAGGCGCGCUCAAGACCAUCGAGACUAGUCUCGGCAAGCUCACCACCGCCGUCAAGGGCAUCACGACCGACCCGCAGAGCGGGCCCCCGGUCCUGUCGGCCUCUGACGACCUCUCCAAGGUCAUCAAGCAGGCUACCACCGACAUCAACGCCAGCCAGGAGCUCUCGCUCCAGGAUGCCCUGACCCUGCAGCAGUCGUCGGGCGGCUUGACCACGGCCGUCAAGGACACCAUCGACGCCCUCAAGGGCAAGAAGGACACUCUCGACCAGCUCGGCUUCACCAAGAUUGCCGUCCAGACCCUCCAGACCCAGAAGACCGACUCGACCGCCCUCGGCAAGGCCAUCGUCUCCAAGAUCCCCGCCAUCGGACAGAGCAUCGCCCAGCAGGCCGUCGACCAGGUCACCGCCCAGAUCGACGACGGCAUCAAGGCCCUGCAGGCACCCCCCGCUGCCGGCGCCGCCCCUCCCGCCGCCGGUGCCUCGCCUUCGCCCGCCACCCCCGCCGCCCCCAAGCAGUCUGGCGCCCCCAAGGCCACCCCGGCCCCCGCCCCUGCUGCUUCUGCUGGCGAGAACAACAAGGCCGCCACCAACCCGCUCACCAGCGCCACCGGUGCGCUCCUCGGCACCUCCGGCGCCCAGCCCGCCGCCGCCCCCGCUGCCGGUGGUGCUCCCAACAUCAACGGCGCUCUGGCUCAGGUUGGCGCCGUCGCCGGCCUGAACAACGGCAAGGGCCAGCCCAACACCGCCAACCCCAUCAGCCAGGCUGCCGGCCAGCUCCUCAACCCCAAGCCCGCUGGUGCCGCCAAAUAA